AUGGCUGCUGCAGUGGCGACUACGGAGGUCGCAGCGGACGUCAAGGAGAACCCGCUUCUGUCGCUGAAUCCCGCGUCGAUUCCGCUGUUCGACAAGAUCGAGCCCAAGGACGUGGUGCCGGGCAUGCGAGCCAUUCUCAAGGAAGUGGAGGAGCAGCUGGACGAUCUCGAGAAGAACGUGAAGCCCACGUGGGCGGGCCUCGUGGAGCCCGUGGAGCGCAUUGGCGACCGGCUGAGCAUCCCGUGGGGCGCGGUGAACCACCUGAACGCGGUGAAGAAUUCGGACGAGCUGCGGGCGGCGUUCGAGGAGGUGCAGCCGGACGUCGUCAAGCUCUCGCUGCGCCUGGGGCAGAGCCGCCCGCUCUACGACGCGUUCGUCGCCAUCAGGGCGGACGAGACGCUGUGGGAGAGCCUUAGCGUGGCACAGAAGCGCGUUGUCGAGUCCGAGCUCAUAUCUGCCAAGACGAGUGUACUGCCGCUCUUCCAAACCAUGAGUAACGACGACCCGUGGGACUUCGAUUGGAAUCCAUCCGACGAGGAAGAAGCCGGUACAGGGAAUCGCAGUUCGGUUAAGAGGUCUCGAGGUGAGGGUGGAUCGUCACGCGCUGGAAGGAGAGCUCGUUCAGCAUCCGGAGCGCGUGCUAAGAUUCCCCCUCUGGCACUCACACUCGAGCCCACGACAUCUAACAAGCAAGCUGAAGAUCCUCUCCCCGGACCUUCUGGAAGUCGUCCCGUCAUGUCGGACCCGGUCGACAAUUCUCCAAUCCCGGAACUUUUCAAGGGGUGGACGGCGUCGGCUGUAAAGGGUUUUCGCGACGAUUUCAAGGAUCUGCUUAAGGCGAAAAGCAAACUCAAGAAGAUGAAGGAACUUGACCGUCAAGGCGUGAUUCUCCACAGCAUCCGCACGAAGACCGCGGAGUUCCAGACGAAGUUUGCCUCUGUCAAGGAGAAAUCUGUUGCGUCCGUCUCAGAGAUUCACUUGGCGAAUCAAAAGCGGCUGCAAGCGGAUUUUAUCGCCUCGAAAGCACUGGAGAUUGAAGAACUUCAGAAGGCGGUGGACUCGCACGUCGUCGCUCUAGCAUCGAGGAUGGAAGAAUACAUCAAGAGCCUGAGUGCUGACCCCGACUUGGUUGUGUCUGACGCCGCCAAGGAGAAAUUCCGUGUUUUCAAGGGGCGUUGCAUCGAAAAGGCGAAUUCUGACAUCCAGACCGCAAGGGAUGAGAUUGUCAUCCGUGAGCUCGAUCGACAGAACAAGGCUGCCGCCGAAGAGUUGAAGAAAGCAGCUGCGUCCGAGGAGGUGCAGGAAAUGGAAGUGGAAGCUGGGGUUGGAGAGAUCAUGAAUCAGCACGCGAAGCGGAUUGAAGACAAGAUUCGGAGGGAGAUGAUUCCGAAGAUUGAGGCCAAUCUGAUGAAGAAGCUGCUGAAAAAUCUUUCGUUGGGAAAACAGGAUUCCCCCCAGGCUCCUGCUGCUGACGCGAAGCCGAAGAAUGCCCCAGCCGGAAAACCGAUGCACACUACUCCGAUGGAAAAGGAGCGCCACUCAGGGAGUACGGCCGGGAAUUCCAAGCCGAAAAAGAAGCGCGGGGGUAAGAAGAAGAAGAAGGACGGCACCCAGGACCAGCAGGCGAAAGGCCGGGCAGCAGACGUGAAGGCCAAGGGACCAAAAAACGGCGGAGGCGGCCCAGGAAAAGGGCCGCACAAGAACUAA